UCAUGUAUAUCACUAUUAUAGUCGCAUAUCAUUAUUAUAUUAUCAUACGAUUUCUAAAUCUGGUGUGACAUUGAAAUUCCAAAAAUCAGAAUUUCAAUAAUGCAUCUUUCGUCAAUCACUCUUUGUGUGAUACAGAAAUUAAUAAACCUAUAGUUAUAACCAGACGCGGAAUUAGAACAAAAAUUAUAACAUUAUUAAUUAUUGUUAUGUUGACGCUACACCACAUGUGUUGUCUCCGUUUUACGAAUGAAAACAUAACAAAAACUGUUUUGCGCGUGAAAGUACCGUGAAAUAAAUUUUCUCCACAUUAAAACGAACAUUGUCUGUGAAAUUCUAAUUUGAGUUUUUCGAUAUCUAAACUACAAAAAAAAAAUAUUAAGUUUGAAAAACACAAAAAUAAUGGAUUGUACCUAAUUUAUAAGUAAUGUAAUGAAAAUAAUAUGUGUCCACCUCUACUAUCAGAUAGUUUAGAUAUUAAAUGUAGUUUUAAUAGCAACUAUGCUAAUUGCUCAAAUUUAUCGAUACCUGACACAAUAGCAACACCAUCGUGUAAGCCUACUUAUGCUCUACCAAAUAGAAGAAACUUCACUAGAAUUACGUUGCCAGUCUAAUGGAAUGUGGGAGAAAGAACUAUAUAGAUGUCAACCAUUGGAUAUUUGCAUUUUACCAACUGUCGAAGGAGUUGUAUACACUUAUGAAGGUUCUAAUGAAAGUUUAUCUCACGGGACGUUAAUUGAUCUUCACAUUACAGUAAAUGAGAACUGUAAAUUUGGAUACCAUAAAGUUCAUCCCAAUAGUUUUAGAGUUUGUCAGAGAGAUGGAAAAUGGAAAACGGUUUCUGAUAAAUUAUUUUUGAAAAUGUGUCCACCUCUAGAGUCAGAUAGUUUAGAUAUUAAAUGUACUCAUAAUGGAAAGUAUGCUAAUUGUUCAAAUCCAUCCAUACAAUAGCAAAACCAGUAUGUAAUCCAUUAUAUACCACGUCAAAUGGAAACGAAGAGGAACCACUUGAAUCACUUUGCCAGCCCAAUGGAACUUGGAAUAAAGAACUAUAUAGAUGUUUGGCGGAAGAUGGUUAUAAUACCAUGUUUGGAGUAAUACAAUUUUUUAUUUUUAUUAUUAUUAUACUUGUAAUUUGUGUAUUUUAUACAAUCUUUUAUCGUAAUGUUAGUGCCUCGCUUAUUGUGUAAAAUGCAAUAUUGUAAAAUAUAAAAUUAAGUAACCAGAACUUACAGAACUACAAUAUAUAGUAUAAUAUAAUUUAUUAUUUUCUGUACAUUCGACUGUUUUUAAUUUAUACGAUAAUUUCUAGUGAAAUACGAUAAUUUUAUAGACACUGUACAACAAUCAUCACUCCUUUCAAACCUGGCAAAACUGCGACUAUUGCUUCAUUAAAUUACCUUAAAUCUAUUAUACUUUAUUAAAUGUAAUUCAUUAAAUUGUAAUUAUUAGUAGUUUUAGUGUAUUAGUGUGU